AUGUCUUCCUCAACUCAACAACCUGACGUUCCUGCCGAGUCUGUUCAUGCCGACAAUUUCACUUUGCCUGAUUUCUGGCAACACACCCAUGAACUUUAUUUUAUCCGCAUUGAGUCAGCCUUUUACUCCGCCAACAUUACGAAGGAGUCGUCGAAAUACCACAACCUUGUGGAGGUUCUCCCUGCCAAUAUUAUCUCACAAGUUCAACCCUUGUUAGUGAAACCCCCUGCAUACGAUCCCUAUUCUGCUCUGAAGGCGGAAAUCCUUCGUCUCAAUGCUGUAUCUGACCGACAACGCUACCACCAGUUGAUCAAGGAGGAAUCACUGGGCGACCGAAAGCCCUCAGAACUUCUCCGACGAAUGCGUACUCUCUUAGGAGACAUGCAGGUCGACGAAAAACUCGUUAAAGAUAUGUUUCUAGGGCGGCUGCCUGCAGAUGUCCAAACGAUUUUGACAUCCGGCUCGCAAGACCUUACACUUUCACAUCUUGCUGAAAUGGCAGACCGAAUGUUAGAGGUUCAACGGUUCCAGCCACCUUCCGUUGCUCAGAUUUCCACAUCCUCUUCAACGGUUAACGAGCAGUUACUGCGACAGAUGUCGGCUAUGACGAAUGAGAUAGCCUCCCUAAAACUACAGCUUGCUCGCAUUACCUGUAGUCGCUCACACAGCCGUCAUCGUUCACGUUCGCGACCUCGCAGAGCCAAUUUGUGUUGGUAUCACGCAAACUUUGCCGCCAAGGAUCGCAAAUGUUCUUCCCCUUGUUCAUUUAAACCGAAACAGGGAAACCAGCCAGCCAGAGAAUAG